AAUUCGGAGGAAACAACCCCUAGCAAUCGUAGCAGCCGAGCCAACCCUGCAGGCCAGGAGCUCUGCUGCGAAGCAUGGGCUCCCUGGGACCUAGCGUGGUGACCCUGCGGCAGCAGCCCCAAGCCGGCAAGCUCACCGCAGCGACGGCCGCCGGCGGCGGCCACCACGAUCAGCAGCAGGGCGGCGGCGGCGGCGGUGGGUUCCGGAUGCCGCUGCACUACCCGCGGUACAAGAAGGCGGACUACGAGGCGAUGCCGGAGUGGCACGUCGACUGCCUGCUCCGCGAGUACGGCCUCCCCGCCGACGGCGACCUCGACAGCAAGCGCCGCUUCGCCAUGGGCGCCUUCCUCUGGCCCGACCAGUACUGAUGAUCGCUGCCGUUGGCGUACGCCGUCCCUCACAUCACUGAAGCACGGAUGGAGAUUCAUUCUCCACGAUUCGUCCCGUGAUCCAAUCGAAUCUCCUGCGGAAUCAUCAUCAUCGUGAAAUAAUUUUCGCCCUCCCUGGCUGAUCCCCAGGGAGUGUCUGUUUCCUGCUUGUCUGAUCUCCCAGAUGGGGUAAUGCACUUCGCGUGUACAGCGACAUAUGUGUGGAAAGAGAGAUUGUUCGUUCGUUCC